AUGUUUUCUACAAAUAUAUGGAUUCCGUUAAAGUUUUCUAAAAAAAAUACUUAUUUUAGUAAUUUUCUAUGUUUUAAAUUAUUUAACAAAUCAAUAAAUACCCCCUUUUGUAGAAUCAUUAUCCACGGUUGGAUGAGUCAAUCUCGCGGAUCGUUUAAUCGUGACAUUAAAAACGCUUACCUCCAGAAAGGUGACUUUAACGUAAUCAUAGCUGAUUGGAGUUCACAUGCUGCCAAUAUCAACUACUUCCAUGUAGUUAGACUAAUCGAAACCUUUGGAGCGCACUUGGCCAGAUUCACCAAUUAUUUAGCUGAAAAAGCUGACAUUAAAUACGAUGACAUAUAUCUUAUUGGCCACUCUUUGGGUGCUCAAAUAGCUGGAGCUGCUGGCAAACGUAGUUGGCCUAAUCGUUAUAAUACCAUAUUUGCCUUAGACCCUGCUGGACCAAAAUUUCGCAAGAAGAGUACCGAUUUUCGCAUAGAUCCUACAGAUGCCAAAUAUGUGGAGAGUAUACAGACCAGCCGUAAUUUGGGUUUCUUAGAACCGACCGGUAAUGCCACUUUUUAUCCCAACUUUGGAAGUUAUCAGAAAAAAUGCUAUUAUGUAGGCUGUUCUCAUAUAAGAGCAUAUAAAAUGUUUGUGGAAUCGUUAAAUUCUCCUUUGGGCUUUUAUGGUAUAAGAUGUUUGAGUCGUAAGCCAGAAUGGGAUUGUGAUGAUACACUAGAAUAUCGUAUGGGAGGAGAACCUUCUAUACCAAAAAGUGGUAUCUUUUAUGUGGAUACAAAUGCCAAAGAGCCUUUUGCUUUGGGUAGAUCUAAUACGGAAACAUAGAGAUUCGAAAAAUUUAGGAAGAUAGUUAUUUAAUUAUAGCUAAAGUACCUGAUUUUACAAAUAUUUAAUAUUAUUUAUUAAAACUAUUUAUGUUAGUUGUAUUGUUAAUUGUAUGUAUUUAUUACUCCAAGAUCUCUUAAAAAUUAUUUUUUU